AUGACGCUUCUAACUGCGCCCUCUGCCGUGCGUCUCGCAUCGGUCAGGUAAGUGAGAUACUCAUGCCUUCCUCCUUCCCCUCAGGUUUUUAGUAGGAUGCUUGCCACACUUCUCAAGCUCCCACAAGUCUGGACGACAGCAGAGGUAGCCACAACUCGUCUUGUCUCCACGGCUGCCCUCCCUGAACGCCUAUUUAGGUCCUUCUUUUAUGUACCUGGAGAUCAGGAACGCAGGAUCUCAAAAAUGCUCAAACUAUCUAGCUCUCCAGCCACCCCGCCUGAAAGUAUACCCGACAUCCUUGUUCUGGACUGCGAGGACGCUGUCUCUCAUGCCAACAAGGUAUGCACCCUACUAGAGAUCUGAAAAAGUCCACCCCGCUGAUUCAGGAUGGACUUUGGUGGUGGUGCUGGUCAGUACGAAUUGUGAGGGUUGUCCUGUAAAUCUAUAUCCCGCCCUAUCUACCCGGCCAAUUUCUUACAUCCGACAGGCGCUUCACAUUGACCUUGAAUGCAUACCCAAGCAGUUCUUUCUGCGCCGACGUCAAUUCUAGCGUUUUGGGUCCACUGGGCAUCAGUUGCUUCAGCAGUGGAUUCCGUCUAAACGAUUACCACUUACGAUACCUAUAAUAAGUGUAGUUACUAAACUCACAGAGCGCUGUCAUCCCGUUCGGUCAAGUGUACACCGAGGAGACUGGACUGUGUUUUACACAAAGUUGCAAGUUUUUCGUUGUUAUAACAGAAGCAGAAGAAAAGUGCAUCAAGAGCGAACUACUUAAGUAGGUUUGCGUCCCGUUCUUCUUCGGGAAUUUUCAGGUGCUUAAUGAAAACAGAAUCAAACUGUUAUGUCCGGACUUAUACGCAUUCUGCUGUCAUAUUUUCAUAAUCGGGAUCUCGGCGGCAUAUCUCAAUGCCAUUUGCCCCAACUCCUGUAUUGUUAAUUAAAAAUGAGUAGUUCGACGACGGAAACUGGCUGAAGUUGGCACGUAGUCCUUCCUUAAGGCGUCGAUGACCAUAAUGUGGUUCCCCCUGAGUGUUUAGCCCUCAUUUUAUUUUAAACAUAAAGGGCCAGUUACAUAUUCAACAUGCCCUCGACGUUCAGCAGCUUAGAUAAGGUUACGUACUUCAACACAUUGUAUUAAAACGAGAAACAGAAGCCAAAGACAAAGCACCAACUACAACGAAGUUAACAACGGAGCAUGGAGCGAUUAGUUGCUGCUGUCUGCGUAUGGUGCAUAGACUGAAGAUUCACAACUUUCAGACUACUUUUAAAAUGACUAUGCGUAUAGACUCAAAGGUGCUAUCCUAUUAAAAGAGGGCAUUUGCAAAGUGCGCCGUAUGAAGCGCAAUAGUAAAAACAGAAAAACAUUUCUCAGAUGGUCGCCACGAAAAAUUGCUCGUCUGAAUAUUUGGGCUUCUGUAGGGGGCCCGGAUAUACAAAUUGAAAGUGGAUAAGCCCUCUAAUUUCCACCCCUCCCCUCCAUGCACCACACGUUGCAGCGUUGCAACAGCACGAUAGGCUGCCUUUUGAACUGGGCAGUGGCCGGUGCUGUCUCGAGACAGCAUUGACUCCGCCUGAUUCGGACCACAAUGCGAGGAACUCGCACCUCAGUCGCCUCACCUCCUGUUCCCGUCUACAGCACGACCCAGCCGCCAGGAUACGUCGUGAUGACUGGGGGCGGUCGUGGCUGCAGUGAUUCCACACGCGUUCGUCCCUGUGACAUAAGACAGUUCGACUGUUGAUUCCGACGAUGCCAACCCGACGCGUCACAACAGGGUGGACGCAGGGACAGUGACUUGCCCCUGGGCUGGUUUAUAUUGACAAUAAACUUUCGAUGGAUCUGACGCACUCUCGCCACCUCGCUCACCUGAGAUCGAUGUCAUGACAAAGUCAAAAAGAUCGGAGGCGAAAGAGGGCGCGGACGACUAGCGUGACGUGAACCUGCACGUAGGCGCACCACCACACGCCUGGUCCCCAAAGUACUUGAAGAGGCCUACGAUGAGACUCAGGAUGCACUCAAAAUUUAACACCUCAUGAGGCUGUUUGAAUUCUGCCAACAAACUUUCUUCACUUUUGCGGGAGAGACCUUUGAACAAAUCAAGGGAACCCCAAUGGGCUCACCGGUCUCCGGUUUAAUGGCAGAACUGGUCCUGCAGGAGUUAGAAAAUAUUGUCUUCAUCCAACAUGAACCGGUGUUUUGGCGCCGUUACGUAGACGACACGUUCGUCAUCCUAAAGAAGGACGUGCUGCAACAUUUCCACAGCCUGCUCAACGCAGUUUUCCCUGAUAUAAAAUUCACGAGGAAAGAAGAACAGGAACAGCAGUUGCCUUUCCUGGAUGAGCUUGUCAGAAGAAACCUUAACGGUGAACUUGAAAUGACGGUUUAUAGGAAGGCAACGAACACCACACAGCUUCUCAGUUUUCACAGCAACCAUCCGGUGGCUCACAAACGAAGCUGUGUGAAGACGCUCUUCAAACGGGUCCAAACUCAUUGCAGCAAACCGGAGGACAGAGCACGUGAAAUCCGUUAUCUCCGCGACCAGCUUGUGCAGAAUGGCUAUCAGAGGGCAUUCAUAAGUCGCUGCCUACGCGGUCGCCACCAGAGAACUCGAACAUCAAGGCCACCGACGAUAUGGCAUUCUCUGCCAUACAUCAAGGGCGUUUCAGAAGCGACUGAGCUCAUUGCUGCGGAGCUGGGUGUUGGAAUACACACCGCUCCAAAGCCACCAUGCGCAAUAGGGUCAUGAAAAUCAAAGACCGGUUAAAACCUGAAGAGCAAUCUGGAGUAGUUUAUCGCAUUCCGUGCCAAAAUUGUCCUUGUAACUACACAGGACAGACGGGACCCAUGUUUGGAUCGCGCAUACGCGAACAUAAGCUGGCUGUGCGACGAGGCGACGCAUCAUCACAAAUGUCCACCCACGCCUACGAAAUGAGUCACGAGUUUAACUUCGCAGCCACCACAAUAGUCGCCCACGCGGGAGACAGAACAGGCCGAGAAUUGAUUGAAGACUUGGCCUCGGAUGAGAACUCGGUCAAUCGAUUUAUCGAUCUGGCGCCGGCGUACAGAACCCUGCACGGUCACCUCCAGUCUUGCGCCGUCGUUCGAUGAUUGGCCUACAUGCCGUAUAACUGUCGCUUGUUAGGUUGGUGCUACUACCUCUGACGAUGGACUUCUGUAUGGGUCUGAAAGCUCAGGACGAUAAACACAGUGUUCCGGUGCUCGAAUCUUCUCCUUCACAACGUACACUGAUCAGGAUUUUGCACCAAGAAAAAAGGGCGCGUCUUGGAUCCCAAUUGUCGUGACGUGAGCCUGUGCCUUGGUCGACUGCCAAACCCUCAGUGUUUUCAUUUUUAUGGUUACACAUUCCCAGUAACGCCUGUUGACCCCGAUCUAGCCUCCGUGUUGGUCCAACACAUCUACCGUGUGGCUCGGUUUAGGGUCAGAACAUACACAGCUUUUGACAGUAUCAGGGUAACAGUGCUUACUGCAUAUCUGUUCAACAAAUAGCCCCCACUGUUACGGUCCAUAAAUAGUAUGAUCCACCGUGGUCCAUCGAAUACUCGUGUCCCUUCAUUACGAUCAAUAAGACAUUAUCGCCGCUUUACGAUUCUGGGACUUACUGACCUCAUUCAGAUCUUUAUAUUCCCUUUCGAUUUAGCUAAGCAUCUAACUUAAUAUGGAUUAUUUUCUACUUCAGGAGAAGGCCAGAAGCACAAUUGCCUCGGCCUUCGCAUCUGGAUCUAUCAAGAAGAGUUUGCGUGCGCAUCAGUCUGUAAGUCUACGUAUCAAUCACCCCACAACCGGAUUGGCGGUGGCUGACCUUGACAAGGUCCUAUCGAAGUGUAUCGAGGCGACGGCCGCCACGCGUAGCGACCAGUGGCUCGGACCAGACCUUAUUACCAUCCCGAAAACGGAUUGCAUCGAUGAAUUACUUUGGGUAAGUGGGCAAGCAAAGUAGUGUGCGAAAUAUAUUAAUCCUUCUGUCAAACAUAUUGGCGUCAUACAACAGCUUUUUCCAGCCACUUGUUCCUGUCUACUUUAGGUGGAGGCACGAAUCCUGAAGCUCUUCAAAGAGGCCUCGAGACCUGUGCCAAACAUCUCCCUUGUCGGCAUGAUCGAGUCCCCACUGAGUCUGUUAAAUAUGACGGAUCUCUGCAAGGAGGCUAAUCAGUUGAAAAUUCCUCUAGUCGCUAUGGUGUUCGGAUCUGAUGAUUACUGUGCUAGCUUAGGCAAGUUCUUACCCGGUUGUCCACACGCCUUCCCUAAAUAGUCCUUGAGGGUAUUAUAUACGCCGCCUUCGGGCAAAUUGUGUUCUCUUUUUGAGUUUGGACAUUGUGGUUAGGGCGUUUGCCCCCCUUUUUUAUUAUGUUUGCCUGUUGUUCGUUAACUCCAGCAGUUGAGGUCCGUGGUAAGGAUUAAGUGUAUGCGCGGGGUAAGGAGAAAAUAUGGACAACAGCCUACUUUAUUUUUCAACGAUGUUGUUCCACAGAGUUUUUGGUCGGCCCUUCGUUGCAGGAUGACAUUCGCUUAUCUGUAUCACCUCUAGAAGUUGGUACUGCUGAAGUAUCUACAUUAGUUCAUUGUUCUGCAAAUCCCACACGUAAUUCUUUAAUAAGCGAAAAGUUCAAUUGUUUAAAAAAGUUCGACCGGAGGGCAAUCGGAUAGUAAAAAGCUCCGAAAUAACGGUAGACGGGAUGCACACGUCUGCCAGUAAAGCAGGAGCAUUUAAAAGUUGGUGGAUUUGUUGAACCACAGUUGGUGUUUUCUUACCCCGCGCAUAUACUUAGUCCUUGUCAGGCCCGUAUCACCCUCCGCCGAGGCUGCUUCCUCAGAAACGUUGGCCUUCAUUCAAACUCGUCCUCAGCAGCAGUCCACCAAUCAGGUACUCUUUCAAGAACUUUCAGUACAAUUUCCGGACCAGGUAACUCGAAUGUGACUAGGCAGUGAAUAAAAUACCUGCGUCUUAAACCGGUCAGUCGUUUUAAGCAUGCUGCCAAACUUAUCCCUCCAGUGCAACAGCCUAUAGACUACGUCACUAAUCUGGUGAACUGUCGAGUUUUUAUCCUAAACGAGGAAUUCCUGCUGACCAACUAGGUAUGCCUAACCCUCAGUGUUCCGAUGGCAGGGCCUCAAGGAAUGUAAACAUCUGCCACGCCAUUGUCAGUCUAGUGUGCGCUGUUAGUUCCCUGACUCCUGGUUCCCUCCCGGUAGAUGCGCUUGCGCUCCCUCUGGGUACACAGGCCGUGGGCAUGGCUGCGCAGUUGUCUAUGUCCUUCUGUUGUUGUUGUUGUUGUCGUCGUUGGUUAAAAUCCUAAUCAAAGUGUUUGUUACCAGGUGUGAGUGGUAGGCCUAGGUGAGGGUCCGGCCGUGCCCUCCGCCUCCGGUCUAUGUCGGACUAUGUCUUGACAUCGGGCCCAGGCGGGGAAGAGGAGGGAGUGCAAUAGAUGCUACGCAAGUCUGCCCUCACUAUAAACUAAUUUACGCAAUAGCUACCGCGCCUGCUUUGUCUUGCUAUGAAGCACACGGUGGACAUCGUCAGGAACGACGGUCAGACUAUCGUAGGACGCUGAAUAAUCAACUGGCAUGGUGGUUCUCACGGUCUGGGAUUGGGUGAUGGCUCUCUGACUAGGGAACAUAUUACGUUACACAUGGUCGUUUUAUUGACCCCUUCCUCCACCGGCAGUACUUCUCAAGGAGAUCUGAGGCCCUAAGAUACACCCAAAACUCUUCACACAGUCUGACUUGGGCUACGCAUGAUCAAAAGACACGCUCUGCCGUUAUAAAUCAUAUAUUCAACCAGCACCAAAACCAAUCUUUUUAAAGCGUUCACGUAAUAAGAAGCUUUAUAUUACGUCGAUUUCUAAGACUGGAGAGGAAUUGCCAUCAUUUGGUUCACUGUGCAACCCACAUUUCUCAAUAGCAGUUUAAAACUUGCCCAAGAGUUAAAACCUGUUUUUCCUAACACCCUUAAACCGCGUGUUCAUCUUUUCACCUCGAGGCAAUACCUCAGGGUGUGAUUAUGCUGGAACGUCCAAAUAUGCGGAAAUCUCAUCUGGACAAAAUUUCUAUGCGAUAUCUAAGUUCGCACAUUUCAUCAGCGUAGGGAUCUGCUUGAGUUUUGUAGAUUUGUUGAAUACUAGAGAACACUUGAGCAUACGCAAAUCGCAAUGUGUGCCAUCCCAACUGAGAAAGGGCCCUCCUACGAAACGUGAACUAACCCACUUUGUAUUAUGGGAUAAUUCCUAAUUUUUUUGCAAUCUUGAUUUAUUUAGUGUUCUUUUUAAGGGUUCCCUGAGGGCCAGCGUUUGUUGCUUAUCUGAUAACCUACAUUAUGGCCCUGACAUUCUUAUGUUCAUCCCUUGACAUAGUCGCUGUUCUUAAAAGUGAGCAGGAACUGACUGUACACUCUCCUGUAGACUACUGCACAAUUAAAGUAGAUGUUCGAGUUUGGUUAGUUGGUUUUAGAUUCGAAUGAAUUCCAAUGCCUUUCAUUUCAGGCGUCACUCACUCGGUAGGCCGCGAGGAAACAGACUUUCCCCGUCGCUACAUGGUGACCGUAUGCAAAGCCUACGGCCUGGCCGCGGUGGACAUGGUGGAGACAGACCUCGCAGGUAGGUGCUAGAUUUUUUUUCACUUGCCUCUCACCUUUGUACUUCUUCGCAGACAUGGACACUUUUCGCAAGAACUGUGAGUUCGGCAGUCAAAUCGGAUACUCCGGAAAGCAGCUUAUCCACCCCAAACAAGUUGAGGACGCAAAUGUCGCCUUUUCACCCAAUCCAAAGUUAGUUGCUUGGGCAACUGCCCUAGUCGAAGCUGCAGAUAAAGCCAGCGCUUCUGGGGCGCUUGCGGCUGGUGCCUUUACCUUUGAAGGUCACAUGAUCGAUCGACCUACAAUCCGCCAGGCUCAGAGGCUCGUCACAAUGGCCAAAUUAGUCCACUCCUCCUAA